AUGACCAGGACUGUCGAUACUAAUCCAAAGUUACCUAUGCCGAGUGGAGAGAAAGAACACAUUCCAAUUACCUCCCUGCAGAUAGAAAAGCAAAACAGCACUCGUAAUAAUACUUAUACACAAAAAAGACAUGUAAAUUAUUUACUCGAAAUAAAGAACAACAAUACAAAGAUACAAAAACCUUCCUCACAUAAGAAGGAGCCCCCAAGUGAGAAGAGCAUCUUAUCACUUAGCAAAAAUGCACGCACCAUAAUUUGCAAUGUUAGUAAAAACGAAAUUCACGUCAAAGAUGAGAAACAAAUAAGCGAAGCACACUAUCGACAUGUGCAUAAUAACACUCUUCAAAUGUUGACUAAGCAACAGGGAAAAAGGACCGUCUGCACACUGAUCCAUAUAAAUAAAGUGAAAAACUGUAAGGUGUGCCCCAUGGGUAUUAUAAAAAAAGAUCAGGUAAAUGGGAAUUUACGGGGAGUCGAGGCCCGAGCGAGCUUCGGAAAAAGCAGCUGCAGUACCGCCGUGUCCAGUAUGCUAAAGAAUGCAACAAUGAAAAGGGGCAACGGUAAAAAGGGGGGACACAAAAAUGGGAUUCACGCCAUGCAUAAAUGCGGAACUCAAGCCGAAAGUAAAAAUAGACACCGCAAUGAGCGAAAAAAUGCGACGGUUGCAACAGCGUACAUGAAAGGCCCCCAGCGAGACACCCAUUUACAGCCAUCGGCAAGGGGAGUUAUCCCUCCCACAACCUGCACAAUUUUAAAAAGUAAAAUGAGAAGAAAUUCACCAAAGGGGGGCCUAACCCUUCAUUCUAAGGAAGAAAUAAAGGGGAAAAACCAAUUCUAUAGGAAAUGCCAAAUUGAGAAGGAGAAAAAAUGCAUAUUAUUAUCUGACCAGGUCAGGAAAACAGAAAAAGGUCACCCAUAUGGUGGAUCCCGAAAUGAAGAAAAACAGGGAACAUCCAGCAAGGGCGCGGCGAGGGGAGAGGAAUGCCAAAUGUUAUCUGACGAAAAAGUGAAAAAUGUAAAAAGUUGCACACUUAAGGGGGGGAAACACCAAUGUGGGACAAAAGAAGGCACACAAAAUGUGUUCAUUAAGAAAAUUGUAGAGGCAAACAGCGCCGAGGCAGCGGAAUCUGUGAGCAUAAAUGGGGAACCCCCCCACCCCACUAAUAGCAUAAAGAGAUGCAAAGUCAGAACCAUUUUGUUGAAUAAAACAUGGCUGCAAGAAGAGGCUAUCACGAAAUUGGUGUCUCUCCAAGUGGAGGGUGAAAGAAGAGGCAUCCGUUGUGGGGAGAACUCCACCGGGGAGUUAUCCAAUGAAAAUAAUUCUGGUGAGGAACAGCCCAUGAAGGAGCCACCCCACCUCCCAAGCGCACAGAAAACAGAACGGAAAAACCAGAAGACGGAGGGGAGGGAACACCCACAUAGGUACAAAAUUAUAGCAGUGAAGAUGAAAAAGAGCAAAGAACUGAGAAAAGACUACAUAAUAACAAGCCAAAUUGGGAAGGGGACGUUCGGAAAAGUCUGUCUAGGAAUUCACAUACACACACACGAAAUAGUGGCAAUAAAAAUCUUAAACAAAAAAAGGUUACAACGAUUAAUCAGUUAUGAAAAAAUAAUGAAGGAAAUAAAAAUACAUGAACAGAUGGACCAUAAUCACAUAUGUAAAUUAUAUGAAGCAUAUGAAGAUGGAAAAAAUAUAUAUAUGAUAUUAGAGUAUGUUCCCAACGGAGAUUUAUUGGCAUAUGUCUAUAAAAGAAAGAGAAGAAUAAAUGAAGAUACAGCGAGGAGAAUCUUCUACCAGUUAAUCAGUGCAGUGGAUUAUUUACACAAAUUUAAUGUUGUUCAUAGGGAUUUGAAACCAGAAAAUAUUUUACUGGAUGAUGAUGAAAAUAUAAAGUUAAUCGAUUUUGGUCUCUCCACUGUGUAUGAAAAAAAUAAUCUCUUAACAACAUCAUGUGGGUCCCCAUUUUAUACCUCUCCAGAAAUAUUAAUGGGAAAUAAAUAUCAUGGAGAAUUAACGGAUGUAUGGUCCCUGGGCGUUAUCCUUUUUUUAUUACUCAAUCACAAGCUGCCAUUUAAUCAUACCAAUUUGAAUGUACUUUUCCAGGAAAUUAUAAAAGGUCUACUCCAUUUCGAACCGCACAUUUCAGAAGGCGCAAAAAAUUUAAUUCGAAAUAUGCUCAAUGUAAAUUACCAGAAGAGAUAUUCCCUGAGGGAUGUAAAAACACAUCCAUGGUUUAACUCAUGCCAUAUGAAGAAAAAAAAUCUCACAAAAUUGUGUCAUGACAACUGUGACUUAAUUUGCUGUAAUGUAUGUUCAUACAAAAUUAUCAUUCUGAGUAGUACCCAGUGGAUGCGCUUAAUUUUAAAUAAAAUUGGAAAAAUUUAUUCCAUUGGAGUGGACAGAGUUUGUCGUCAAUUACGAGAAAAGGGGAAAAACUCUGUCAAAACAAGUUUUUAUCUUUUGCUAAAUAAAACCAUUCGAAUGGUAUCCACAAAUAGGUCAUCCAUGAGGUGCCUUAGGAAAUACUAUUACCGCAUGGAGAAGCGGUGA